AUGACAGACAGCGACUCGCUGGAGGAGAUGCGUUUAGUGAAUAACAUACAACCGAUAUAUUCAUACACCGAAAUUGGGGAGGAAGAUGAUGUUCAAUUCGACUUGUCAGAGAUGCAGCAUCGCGACAAAAUGGCGAUUCCAAAACACGACGGUAAAACGAGGACGACUGAACAAUUGAAGGAUUUGCACGAAAAUGAAGUUAAUAUCCCCAAAGCUUACGAGACAGCGCUUUCUGAAGCUGGUUUUGGACGUUACCAGAUUCAGUUAUUUUUUGUAUUAGGUUUAGGGAUAAUGGCGGACGGUGUAGAAGUGUUUCUAAUGGGAUACGUCUUGUCAAGUGCUGACCGAGAACUAUGUUUAAGUGACUGGGAGAAAGGAUGGUUAAGUGGCAUGGUCUUUGUUGGUAUGUUAAUUGGUGCUCUAACUUGGGGAUAUGUUUCUGAUAGAAUUGGUAGACGACAUACCUUGAUAAUUUGCCUUUCUGUCAAUGCAAUUUUCGCAUUUAGCUCGGCAUUCGUUCAAACGUUUGUGCAAUUCCUUGUAUUUCGAUUUGGGGCUGGGAUUGGUGUCGGCGGGUCGAUUCCUGUGGCGUAUUCUUAUUAUGGUGAAUUUACACCCAGAGAGCAUCGCGCCUCCCACCUGAGCUGGCUCAACAUUUUCUAUGGUAUUGCGGGCGUGUUUGCUGCAGCGAUGGGAUUGGCAAUCAUCCCCACUAACGGUAUGGCCGGUAAAUGUACCGAGGCUACUGACGUGUUGGCAGAAGUUUACAAACAAAACCACGGAUCGUCUGGAGUUAACAUGUAUGAAGAGAGGACCGCUGACAAUUUCAAAUAUUCAAAUAAGAUCACUUGUGACGAAUCUGGUGUGAAUGCAAAAGAAUUGCUGACGCCGUAUGGAAAAUGCGGUGAGAUAUUUGACUCGUUUAUUGGUUUAUUUCAACAACCACUAGUGGUCAUAACGUUUCUACUAAUGACGGGUUGGUUUUCCUCAUCAUAUGGUUUCUAUGGACUGACGUUAUGGUUUCCUGAAUACAUUAAAAGGAUUCAGAUAGCCGAGUAUUUUAGCAAUACAGAGACCACACGCAAGGAAUCAUUCGCCGACAUGGCGUUCACAGACGAUAUCACAAACAGAAUGUUCUAUAACGUCACAUUUCAAAACGUCACAUUCGAAAAUUUGCAUAUGGAAAAUGCAAAUUUCCACGGCAGUGAAUUCAUCGAUGUAGUGUUUCAGGAUGUGACGUCAGCGGGAACGUAUUUCUACAACUGCGACUUUCAUAGUACCAUAUUCAACAGCACAAAUUUCUAUGACAACAGAUUUAUAAAUGCGACAAUGAACCAAACUUUGUUUAUGAACACUAGAGGUGGCUGUGAGCUGGAUUUUAGUCUAUCGUACAACGCUUCAAGGGUGUACUUGGAGAUAUUGAUUGCAAUGUUAGGAGGAAUCCCCGGGGUUGUUAUUUCAGCGCUACUUAUGGAUAAAAUAGGCCCGAAGAUAAUUUGCAUGUCGUCUGCAGGCUUUUCUGCAGUUAGUGUAUUCUUCAUUUGGUUUAUCAAUACUGAGAUUUCGGCUGCUGUUAUGCUCUCUGCCGUGCAGUGUUUUGCAUUUGGUUUCCUGACCGCUAUAGCACGGAUUGGCGGAUUUCUUGGUAACGUCACGUUUGGCCGAUAUAUUGGUGUCAACAAAUCUAUUCCACUCUUACUCGCAGCUUUCAUAUUUUUCGUGGGAGGUGGAGUCUCUCUUAUAUUACCGAAUAUCAAAGGCGUCUUGCUUUUGUAA